AUGGGUCAGAUUGUGACCAAUGCAAAGAAUACCAUACAAGGCUUUAAACGAAUGCAUGGAAGGCUUUUUGAUGAUCCAUUUGUGCAAGCAGAAAAAAGCAAACUUUUGUAUGAGCUUCAGAAGAUGCCCAGUGAUAGCGUUGGAAUCAAAGUGCAUUAUAUGAAUGAAGAAAGAACUUUUGCAAUUGAACAAAUUACAGGGAUGUUACUGACUAAACUCAAAGAGACUUCAGAAAAUGCUCUGAAGAAGCCAGUGACAGACUGUGUAAUUUCGGUCCCUAGUUUUUUCACCGAUGCAGAGAGAAGGUCUGUGAUUGCUGCUGCUGAGAUUGCAGGACUUAAUUGUCUGCGAUUGAUGAACGACACCACUGCAGUUGCACUUGCAUAUGGUAUUUACAAACAGGAUUUGCCAGCUCCUGAAGAAAAACCAAGGAAUGUGGUCUUUGUAGAUAUGGGGCAUUCAGCCUAUCAGACUUCAGUUUGUGCAUUUAACAAAGGAAAGCUCAAGGUUCUGGGAACUGCAUUUGAUCCCUACUUGGGUGGAAAGAAUUUUGACGAGGUCCUGGUAGAUCAUUUCUGUGAAGAAUUCCAGACUAAAUAUAAACUAAAUGUGAAGGCUAAUGGUAGAGCUUUGCUCCGUCUGUACCAGGAGUGUGAGAAAUUGAAGAAGCUAAUGAGUGCAAAUGCAUCAGAUCUCCCAAUGAAUAUAGAAUGCUUUAUGAAUGAUAUCGAUGUUUCUGGUAGAAUGAACAGAGCACAGUUUGAAGAACUUUGUGCCUCAUUUUUAAGUAGAGUGGAAACCCCUUUAAAAAGCAUCAUGGAACAAGCCAAAUUGCAGGUCGAAGACAUCUACUCUGUUGAAAUUUUGGGUGGGGCAACAAGAAUUCCAGCAGUGAAAGAAAGAAUUGCCAAUUUCUUUCUCAAAGGUUUGAGCACAACUCUUAAUGCGGAUGAAGCUGUAGCACGAGGUUGUGCACUGCAGUGUGCAAUUCUUUCACCGGCAUUUAAAGUGCGUGAGUUUUCCAUCACAGAUGUAGUUCCUUUCCCAAUCACUUUAAAAUGGAAAUCUGCAACUGAAGGAUUGGGAGAGUGUGAAGUUUUCAGCAAAAACCAUCCAGCACCAUUCUCCAAAGUCAUUACUUUCUACAAAAAAGAGCCUUUUGACCUGGAUGCAUAUUACAGUAAUCCACAGGAAAUUUUAUAUCCUGAUUCCAGAAUCGGUCGGUUUACUAUUCAAAAUGUGAUCCCUCAAAAUGAUGGUGAAAAUUCAAAAGUCAAAGUCAAAGUUAGAGUCAAUAUCCAUGGUAUUUUCAAUGUGUCCAGUGCAUCACUGAUUGAGAAACAGAAACCAGAUGGAAGUCAGGUUGAAGAUGUUCCAAUGGAAACAGAUCAACCCCCUCGUGGCACAACAAAUGCAAAAACUGAUGACCAGGGUUAUAUGCAAGUUGAUCAGGAAGAAGUCCAUUCACACCAAAAAGACCAAGCCGAAGAGCAGAAUGAAGCUUCUCAGGCACCUCGCACUGAUAACGAAGAAAAAAAUGAUCCACCUGUAGAAAAUAAACAAGAUGAUAACACAAAACCCAAAAUAAAAGUGAAGAGUGUGGACUUGCUGAUUCAAAGUGAUCUGCCCCAACAGCUUAGUCAGGAUCUUCUCAACACUUAUGUUGAAAUAGAGGGUAAGAUGAUUAUGCAGGACAAGUUAGAAAAAGAAAGAAAUGAUGCCAAAAAUGCUGUUGAAGAAUAUGUGUAUGAGAUCAGAGACAAGCUUUAUGGAAUUUAUGAAAAAUUCAUCAGUGAAGCAGACAAGAAAAAGUUCACUCUGUUGUUGGAAGAAACUGAAAACUGGUUGUAUGAAGAUGGAGAGGACCAGCCUAAACAAAUAUAUCUUGAUAAACUUAAUGACUUAAAGAAACUUGGUCAACCUGUACAGAACAGAUACAAGGAGCAAGAGGAGAGACCAAAAGCAUUUGAUGAGCUGGGUAAAAAAAUCCAGCUUUUCAUGAAGACUGUAGAAGCAUAUAAAAAUAAGGAUGAAAACUAUGAGCAUAUUGAUGCAGCAGAGAUGACAAAAGUUGAAAAACAAGUCAGCAGUGCUAUGGAUUGGAUGAAUAGUAAAAUGAUUGCACAAAACAAGCAGAUGUCAUUCCAGGAUCCUAUUGUGAAGGCAGCUGAGAUAAGGAAUAAACUGAAGGAAUUGGAGGCGACUUGUGACCCAAUCAUUAACCAAGCAAAACCCAAAGUGGAGCCACUUCCAGAAAAAGAGGAGAAAGCGAAUGGACCACUUAAUAAGGAAAGUGGAACUGAUCCAAAGUCUGAAUCUAAUGCUGCAGCUGGUGACAACACCAAACAGCAAAAGCCAGCAGAAAAUCAGGGCACAGAAAUGGAAGUGGAUUGAAUACAGUCUCUUUACUUUUAUAUAUUUAAAGAAAGUCCUUGUGCCCAUUAUCUAUCUGAGACUACAGUUUCUGUUGUAUGUCUAGCUUACAUGGCACAUAUUCAGUUAUUCUCACAUGUACCUAGUUCAGCGUCAUUAGUAUUAAAAUGGUGGAAACAAGAAUCCUGCAAAAUUGAUUUUAAAUGUAACUGUGCUGUUAAUGCAGAUCUAUAUUCUAUAAUCUUUCUGGGAAUGUUUUUUUUUCUAUCCCAAUUUACAAGCACUUGAACAAUCACUAGCCCUCCUGCGAUUCCACUUCAUGCCUUUAAUUAUUUCUUAUUUGAAUUGGCUUCACAUGAUAGGUCGUGUGCACAUUAUAUGAAAAAUAACAGUCAAUAAAAUUGUAGUGUUGGGACAGCUGUUUUAUCGCAGAAACACCAGUGGAGUGUUUUGGGAUUUAUGGUCUGAAUUGUUUCAUUUAAUAAUCUCUCCCAUUCAAUAUACAACAAUACAUGCAACCAAGUAUCCUCUGUGUAAACCUAGUCUAUAUUUAUGUGCAAGUCAGUUUCUGAGGAGUUACUAGAAGAUCUAUACUCUCCGCCCCGAAAGCUAAAAAUACUGAGUUGUAAUAAAGAUAGUUGAGUCAUAGUCACCUGUGUUUUACAAUACUGUUCUGUAAAAUCACCAAAAACCCUUCAUGAAGGUUACAAAGAGCAUUAUAAGUGGUGAUUAGUACAGAGUCUAUCCUGUAAAAUAGAUGGUUUUGAAAUGAUAAAGGCAGAAUGAUCAGUUUGUUCUUUCAGAUGAUGCUGUGGAAAAUGGCAAACUUUGUGGAGACAACACAGUCUGCUUGUGCUAAGGACACUGGUUGCGAUCUUUUGCUCCUUGAAUUUGGUAAUAGGUGUUAUUUUAGUAAUGACAUUAAUAUGAUCCUAUCAAUCUUGAUAUUUCUGCUAAACUGGUUGUGCUCUGAAGUUUGUGGUACUUUAGCACUUCUGGAAUUUAAUUAUCUGUUCAAAUAUUUUUAUCCCUGAAUGCAAACCCUAAACAAGGGACAUUCAAUGUGGUAACAAUUUUAAUUGGUUUUGCUAAUCCUGUACAUGUGGCUGGCAGUGUUACUGAUGUCAACAGGCAGUGGCCAAAACGAGCUCAGCACUCCAGAUGAAUUUGUCAUUCCAUAAUUCGGCUCACCAAGUAUGAAAGUGAAAUGCGUGCAAUAUUAAACAUUUAGAGAGAAGUACUGAAUUGCAUUCAACUUUUUUUUGUCAAGUGUUUCGCAUUUGAAUGUAGCGUCUGAGUGCCAACACCCAGAUAUAAAUGUAGCUUGUUGUCUUGACAGUUAAAAAUCUUGUUUUAGAUGGACCUGUAGAAAACUGUGAUGGAAAUUGCAGGGAGGGGUAUCUUCUCUCAAUGUUUAAUGUGCUCAUUUACUUUGUAAGCAUUUAUUUUGAAAUUUUAAAAGUAUUGUUGCUGAAUUUAGUCAGUUUCGUUGAGUUCAUGCAGCUUUCACUUGAGUUGUUAGGCUCAUGCAUUAUUACUUGGAUGAAAUUAAACUAAUGAAAUAAGUAAUCAGCACCAUAAAUUGCAAGAGGACAAUAACUGUAGCUAUAGUUUUUCAUAUUACUUUCCAGCAUUGUUUGUAUAUAGUGCAAAAAUACCGAACAAAUCCCAAUACACAUUGAGUAGCAAUUGAAAAUGCUAUUUGGCAAGCGUUUAGUUUUUUAUCUAAUCGUCAUAUUUAAUCAAGUAGUCAUUCCACUAGAUAGUUUUUGGUUUAGAGCUCAAGUUUCAUUGCUUCAAGCUCCAACACAGAAAAUCAGUUUAUAAUUUCAGCUGCUUUUUCUCCUCUUUGCUGCAGUAGAGUCCAGUAGCUUCUGUCUUUGCUACCCUACCCCUCCCCGUGUAGUCACUCAGAGAAAUUGUAACCUAAGGCAGCAUGUUGAAUUGUACAGGCGUAUCAUUGUGUGUGGGGUUAAUAACCACACAUCAGAUCCUGACCCCAUUUCUGUUAACAGAUGGUGUAAAGAAAGUAGAUACAAAUAGUUCAGGAUUUUGACACAUCUACAUCACGCAGAGGUGGAGCUGGAGCAAAAGUUAUUUUAGAUCCAACUGUCUGCAGUCAAGUUCUGAACUGUAGCUCUUACUAUAAUCAAAAUCAGCUGUGUUAAACUUCUGUGCCCAACCUGCUGGAUUUGAGCAGUAAUGAUGAGGAUCAACUUUGAAAAUGAUGCCCAAAUAUGCAACUUCUUGGGGGAAAGAAAAUGAGCAGCUGUUAGCUAUCUGAACAACCUUCCAAACGAAAAACUCAUGGAAACAUCUUUCAAACAUCUACUCCAAGUUUGGCAUCCAAAGUCAAAUCUUCGUUGGUGGGAAGAAAAUGUGGAUGAAGCUAUGUCAAAGACGAUGCUGGGAUUUGUUCAAUGGCCUUUUUGUUGCACUUCGAGGAUACGGUGGAUACAUUUGCUGAUGGCAUUCCUUGCAUUUAUUUAUUAUUUACAUAUAAUCUCUCACCACUAGUACUGAAGGAUGGUGACUUCAACUAGGACGUUUGUUGAAGUUUAUUUUGGUCAAACACUUGCUAUUGUAAUUUGUAGCUGGCUAAGCAAGUGCUCCGGAUCUACUGCCUCUCUGUCAACGGUGUCCUUUUGAGAGAUUUGGCUGCUGAGAUAUGGAAAGUGCUUGGUGUAUUCUAAAGUCGGUUCUUUAAACAUUUGGGAGAUUGCAAUAUUUGAUUGCUGUGGAUCAAUGAGAUUGGUCUGGCAAUGUUCAGGCACAACCUACACUUGUUCAAAACUGAACAGCUCAGAAGUGGUUUGCAAAUCUGAUGCAGAGUAGGUAGUAUCAGAGUAGGUAGUAUCACUGCAGUCAUCUGGUACAGAAUCUGAACUACCACUUUGUCAAUGAUUUUUUUUUCCUGUAUGGCGGCAAGUGAGUUUGUAUUAGACAGUACAUGAUGCUGCUAGAGGUCAGUUGAUUUUCUUUUGAAGUGAAUGCCCCUUACCAGAGACUAGUAAUGCUGUUUCAUUGCACAAUAGCAUGUCUAGUAUAACUUGUUCUUUGGUUGGCUUCAAAGCAGUUUUUUUUUUAACCGAAUCAUAGGAGUGUUACGGCUGAUCCUAGAAACUUCUGAAAAUGUUCUGAAUUCCUCAUCUUGGUUGCCUUCUGCCUGUCAGAUUUUCUAGACUGUGUACAUUGGGAUUUUAAUGAUUAGCGCUGUAUCUUUCAGACAAGCUCCCAUUACUACUUCUAUUAUACUCCUUGUUUUGGCUGUGUUGCUGCUAAAAGUCCUGUAAAGCAACUUUGUUAUCAAUACUCCUCUACCAAAUCACUUCUACUUCUGCAUUGUUCUGAACUUGUCAUUCUUCUCUAUUCCCCGAGUACCAUAGUUAAAAAAGAACAUAAGUUGUAAUGUUUUUAGGCCUGACAUCUGAUGGCGGAUCCUUCCAAACUGCCGCAGUAUAGCAAUCCUCACUGGGGCUAGUGCAGAAACUCUAUAUACAUAUAUACAUACAGACACACUUUUCAUAGUACUCACUGCUCUAUUUGCGGACAUAACAUUCAAACGCCCCAACAUUGGGGGAGAGAAGUCUGUAAACGAUGUACGUAUUCUGUAGUCAUUUGAUCUUGGAGUAAUCUUCAGUAGGAACAGAACCGUCAAGAGUUUAACUAACCCGAGAACCUUUCCCAUAAUCAUGGGAGGUGUCUUGGUUUUGUUAGGAUUGACGUAAAUAACUUGUAUGUGCAUAGCACCUCUAAAUUUCCACGGAUGCUUCAUUCACAAGAAUGCUUCCAUAAUUACAGAACAAAAUUUAGAAUUGUAUACAAAGGGGCUAGACCUACAGUACAACCACCAUUGGAAAAAUUGGAAACCAAGAAUCGACGAGGCCAUAACUAAAUACAAGUAGAGAAUUGCUGGGCUAGAGGCUGUUGUAGUUAGGGAAGAAACGAUUUCCCCAUCUGAUCAAAAAUCUCAGCCUUAAGUAUACAUAAGGAGUCUGCUGCCAUAGUUGUCAGGGGCAAGGAGAUCCAAAGACAUUCAGCCAUAAGCUUCUUUCUCAUCUCAAGUCUUAGAUUGGUGCCUCUUUAUUCUGAGACUAUGCCGUCUGGUCCUAGACACUUCCAUAAGGGGAACCAUCUCAGCAUUUACCCUGUCAAGCUCCUUACAAAUCCUAUAUAUUUCAAUGAGAUCACUCAUUCUUCUAAACUCACGUGAGUCCCAACCUGUUUAGCCCUUGUCAUAAGAUAAUCCCUCAAUACUAUACAAAUAAAACGAGAAGGUAUUUUCUAAAUUUAGCAUAAGCAGUUCAGAUACUGGUGACUUCUAAAACGAAAAAUAUGCUGCAGAUUAACUUCUCAGGAAAGCUUAUCUAGCAUUGAUCCCUUUAAAAGGCACCUAGAUAAAUAUGCAGGAGAAAGACAAAUUGAUUGGGUUCAAUGAAAAAAAGGACAGAAGGAUUCUAGUAUGAAGCAACACCAGAAUGAACCUACUGGCCACAUGCCUGUAAGAGGUAAGUAGUGUGAGAAUCCAAUAAGUAGAGGUCCAAAAAUACAAAUUAGUUAAUAAUAAUGCAAUGUGGUUAACCUAUAACUGCCCUCUGGGCAAUUAAGGAUGGGCAAUAAAUGCUUGCCUAGCCAGCGACACCCUCAUCCCAUGAAUGAAUAAAUACAACAGGAAAUUAAGAUUUUCUUUCACACAAAUGGUUAGAAUAUGGAACUUAUCUCGAUUACUUUACAAACAAGAUGAUCAUGGCAAUAAGCUCAACUCUACAUCCCUGUAUAUCCCUGAUAAUGUUAUAAUGAUGUGCAUAAAAGUUCUCGAUCAUGGAAUGCUGGAAAAUGGGGUUAAAAUAGUUCAGUGCUUUUUCAUCAGCACAGACUCAAUGGGCUGAAAGGUCUUAUUCUAUGCUGUAGACCUAUCUUUCUUUCAUCCCCUUGGUAAUCAACCAUCUAUUUGCCUCUACCUUCAAAAUAUUUAAUUGUUAAGCAUCCACUCCUUUUUGAGGAAGGGCAUUCCAAACACACCUUUUGAGAGAAAAAAAAUCAUUUCUGUCAUAUUUUUAAACCAUGAUCCCUAGUUUUAAAUUCUCCAUUAAGAGGAAACAUCCUCUCAACAAUCACCCAGUCAAGUCCCCUCAGGAACUUGCAUUCCAAUAAGUUACUUCUGACUCUUCAGGAACUCCAGAGGAUAACAUACCGAGUCUUUCCUCAAACAAUCCACUCAUUCCAGGUAUUAGCCUAGAAAACUUUUUGAACUGCUUCAAAUGUAUUUACAUUCUUCUGUAAGCACAGUGAUCAGUAUUGUACAGAGUACACCAGAUGCUGAACUACCAAUGCCCUGCAUAACUUUUGCAUUCAAUUUCCCACAAUAAGCCAUACCAUUCUAUUAGUUUUCCUGAUUAUUUGCUAUACUUGUAUACUAACAGCACCAGCCCAGAGGCAUACCACUCUGACAACUUGCCAGUUGAAAAAGAGAGACACUUAUUCCUACUUCCUGUUAGCAAGCCAACCUUCUAUCCAUGCCAAUAUGUAACCACUUAAACCAUGAGCUUUUAUUUUUGCAAUAAUCUUUGAUGUGGCACCUUAUCAAAUGCCUUCUGGAAAUUUAAAUGCAAUGUAUCCACUUGUUCCCCUUUAUCUACAGUACAAAAUUAUUUCUUCAAGAAAUUCCAAUAAAUUAGUUAAACAUGAUUUGCCUUUGACAAAACCAUGCCAGUUCUCCCUGAUUACUUUGUAUUAUUGAAGUGCCCUGUUACAACAUUUUUAAGAAUAGCUGCAAACAUUUUCCCUUUGACACAAGUUUAGCUAACUGGCCUGUAAUUUCUCUUUUCUGCCUCCCUCUUUGAAUAAAGGAGUUACAAUCAUUUUCCAAACUAAAUGAAACUUUCCUGAAUGUAUUGAGUUUUCAAAAUUAAGUACAACACGUGAACUAUCUCACUAGCUAUUCUUUUCAGACCCUAGGAUAAAAUUCAUCGGGACUUGAGGACUUGUCGAUUCACAGUUCCAACAACUUACUCAGUAUUACGUCCAUAGUAAUUGUAAUUUUCAUGAGUUCCUUCCUCCCUUUCAAUUCCCGAUUUAUAGUUAUUUCCACGAUGCCAGUUAUAUCCUCUGUAGUGAAGACUGACACAAAAAUAUCUUCAGUUGUCUCCCGUCCUUUUAUCCUCUGUUACUAAUUUCCCAGAUUCAUUUUCUAUAGGAUCCAUGCUUACUUUGUCAGCUCUUUGUUUUUAAAUAUCUUAAGAAGCUUUUCCUACUUUAUCUUUUUUUUUUGGCUAACUUUCUGUAGUAGCAACUAGCUUAGAUGCUUGCAAAAGCUUACUAAACUUGCACAAGAAAAAAGCUUCAAGAAUGCAAAGCAUAAACUGGAACAGACUAUUUCUGCUAAACUGCUGGUGUCUGUGCAGUGUAUUCUGUGUAAUUGCUAAAGUACUUUUAACUCUGUUUUCAAAGUGGAAUGAGAUGCACAGGGUGGUACAUUUUUAAUGAGUACCCAGUACUGUACACACAAAUCACCUAUUACAGUACUGUUCAAACAGAUAUUGGGAAGUAAAUAUAAAAUAUAAGUAAUGAUUAGAGAUAAGACAAUAUCUAGCACGGACAAGAUUUAUAAAAUGGGUAUUUUGGAAUAGUCAAACUAAAAACUAUGGCACAAUGAAGAUAUCACGAAAUGAUAAACCACUAAAACUAGAACACUGAUUGGAUGGAAAGUUGGACAAGUUCCUUUCAGUGAGCUAUGAAUAUCUUGCACAUUGUCAUAAUCCCAAAGAUUUUAAAUUAUAACUAUUAAUGUUGCCUUCUUUUAUCCAUAAUGAUUUAAGACCCCAUCUGCAAAUUCAAAUUAUUCACGCAGGAAAGCUGGGAAAUUACAAUUAUUUACAAUAGCUAUGGAGUAAUGCUGCAGCUUACAAGUGCAACUUAGAUAUGCACCAUAUCCCAUUUUUGUUCUGGUACUUCAGGUCUGUUAAAUGAUGUCAAAUAGAUCAUUAAGUUCAGCUGCUGGAUCAGGUUUGUGAAUGUUGACAGAAAUGUCAGCCAAUUCAUGACAAUGCAGUGAUUGAUAAGCAGUCAGUUUUCCAUAAAUUUGUUGUUUUUCAAUGUGUUUCUGCUUGUGUUCAUGUAACCUAAAAGAUAAAAUUACUCCUACUUUAUUUUUACAGAAUAGGGAAGAUUCAUAGUUCUUCUAAUACUUUGAAGAGGAGAAUGGUAUUUGUUUACAAUUACCUUAUUUUCACAACCGAGUCUAGCUGUUCUAACUCCUUUGCAACUUCUUGAUAUUUCAAUUCAAAUAGGGAUUGUGCAUCUUCAGCUCUAUUUUCAACCUAGGUCAGGUAAAAGCAUUGUUUAAAUCAGAUACAGCAAUUGAUUUGCAUUUUACAUUAAAUUGUAAGUUCAGGCAUGUCUCCAACUAUUAAAAGCUUACGUGUUAAUUUGAUUUGAUCUUUCUCUAAGAUGCUGUUCAUCAUCACAUUGUUAAUAGAGUUGGGUAGUUAUAUUUCCAGAACAACUGACAUAUGCAUUUAUAAAAUAGUAGCAGUUGCUUAGCUUGUGGACUGCAAAAUUUUUGUGGAUAACUGAUGUUGGUGGAUUAGAUUCAAUUAUAUAAUAAAACUUUUCACCAAACUUAAAAUUUGGCUUUAUACAUAAAAUUGAUUGAAAUAGUGUAUCAUGUAUUAGCACUUCCUUUCUGUAAUAUUAUAGAAAUUACCUUUUUUGUAGAACCUAUACCAACUCAACCUUUUAAAUGCAAACUUAAAAUGUAACUUUGCAAAAAGCUGUAUACAAUCAAAGUUGAGAUGAGAGGGGAGAAGAGUGUCAAAACAGUCAAAUACAAUAGGUGACCAUCACAUCUCAAAGUUCUGGAUCCCCCUCUAUUAAUAAAUAGACUUCUUUAACUCUUCACACCAAACUCGCUGAUUUAAUGAUUGAGCUCUGUUGUUGUCUUUUUUCUAUCAUUUAUAAGCUAUAUGGUCUACUUCAAUUGUAGUCUAUUGUGGACAUAAAUUUUGAUAACUCCCCAUGACAUAUAUGCUUCUUACCAGUAUGUAUUUACAUGUAAAGUAUUAUCUCAAUAAAAUUUUCUGUUUACUAACUGAUUAAAUCAAAA